GGAAACAGAGCCAUUGGCCGACGGGGUUUUUGCGAGGUCUGGUGUGAAGAGAAAGCGUCGGGAGCUCGGCUGGAGUAGUGCGGGCUCCUGGCUGUGGAGGGACUUCUCUCGUAGGCUCAACCCCGGGCUGGCCGCCGCCCCGCAGCAGGCAUGUUCCCGGGAUUUCGGAGAGGCCGCCAGGACCAGUUUAAACACAUCAUCCAUGGCCUUCUCCCUGCAGCCAGCAUCGCCCCAAAGCCAGCUGUGCCCCGCACACCUCCUCCCCGCAGCCCCAACCCGUCUCCAGAGAGACAAAGGUCUGCUCUGGCUGCAGCCAUCCUGGCAACAACGUUGACUGGGCGGACAGUCGCCAUUCCUCAGCCUCGCCAGAGAUCCCAAUCUGAAAACAACACGAUCUACGCCGAAAAGGACAGCUUCAUUGAGCCCUAUGCCACCUCCUCGGAGCAGAGACUUCGGCGAAGUUGGCAGAGUGAAAGGAGAACUUCUUUACCAUCCUUUGAGAUGCUGAGCUGUGGAGAGGAAGAGGAUGAUGAAACGGAGCUCUCCUCCAGCUCCAAGAAGGCAGGAGAUGGCAGUGCCCAGAAAGAAGAGGGAGGGUGCCAUGAUGCCGAGUAUGCGAAGCCACACAGAAAUCAGCAAAAGGUGCUUUUGUCACAGUGGGUAGACAGUGACGACGAUGAAAAUCCGUGUGAGCCAGAUGGAUUUCCAGGCUCCCCUCCUGUGCCACAGCAUGCACAACGAAAAGAUAUAACUGGUAGAGCACGUCAAAUAUGUGAAAAAAAAGCCCGAGAAAAGUUCAAGGAAUUAAACGAAGAAAAUUUGCUCCUGAACAAUAAAAAUCAAGAACUUACCCUUGAACUACAUGUAAUGAAAGAAGCGAUGAGAGAACUGCAUUUAAAAUGCAAGAGACUGGAAGACGACACCUGUAAGCUGAAGGAAGCUGAGAAGGCGUCCUCUCAGGAAGUUGCUGAACCUGAAUUACUUUAUCUAAGGAAACAAGCUCAAGAAUUGGUGGAUGAAAAUGACGGGUUGAAAAUGACCAUCCAUCGUUUGAAUGUAGAACUGAGUCGAUAUCAAACAAAAUUUAGGCAUUUGUCCAAGGAAGAGAGUUUAACUAUUGAAGGCCUCCCAUCAAAGGGCCCUAUACCACCCUGGUUGUUGGAUAUAAAGUACCUGUCUCCAUUGUUGUUGGCUUAUGAGGACAGAAUGAAAGAGAAGGAUGAGCUGAAUGCCACCCUUGAGGAGGAAAUGAGAAUGUUUAGGAUGCGAGUCCAAGAAGUGGUGAAAGAAAAUGAAGUGCUGCACCAGGAGUUAAAAAAGAGCAGUCCUGUGUCCUGCGAGGAAUGGCACCAGCUUCAGGCUCAAGCAGAACUGGUUUUAGAGGAAAACAAGCUAUUACUGGAGCAGUUGGAGGUCCAGCAAAGGAAAGCCACAGACACCCAUGAGGAGCAUUGCCAAGAAGUCUCUAAGCUGACUGAAAAACUGACGCUGCUGGAAACUACAACACAGACCCAGGAAAAGGAGCUCUGUGCCACUAAGGAGCAGGUGGAAAUUUUACAAGCUCAGUGCCAGGAACUCAAAACACACCUGGAGGGCACAAUCAACGCAGAAGUUCAUACACUGAUUGUAAAUAAAUUAAAGAGCCAGUUACAGAAGAAGGAUGAGAAACUAAAUGCUGACUUGGAAGAGUUGAUGGAAAUGUUCACAGUUCUGCAAACACGUCAGAAGAGCCUGCUUUUAGAGAAGAACAAUUUGGCAGCUGAAAACCAAGCCCUGGAAGCUGAACUUAAAAAGGCACAGAAAAUAAAUAGGAAAUCUCGGAAGAAAAUUGAUCUCCUCAAAAAGCAGGUGGAGAAAGCACUGGGGAACGAAAUGUGUUCUCACCAAUACUUGGCAAACAUUGUUGACCUGGCAGAGAGCAUAACCCAGGAACGUGACAGUCUUAGGUUUUUGGCUACAUAUUUAGACAACGAGAAGAAUGGAGUCAUCAACAAAAGCAUAAAAAACAAAAUUCAACUUCGAAAGUUGGAGGAGCAGUUCAAGGGGUAUAAGAAGGAGACAGAGCUGAAGCUGGAAGACAUCUGGGAGCUCUUUGCUGGCCUGGCAGCUCAGUAUCAGCAGGAGGUGAGGCACCUCCACCAGAUGCUACGGAACAAGCAGGAGGUCCUGGACGAGGCGCUACAACAGAAAAGAAAAAUGGAAGGUGAACUUCAGGUUGUUUGGGAGUCCACCUCCGAGGAAAACCAAAGAAUCCGCCGCCUUCUGCAGGCCUCGCUGGAGAGGACAGACACGUGGGGCAGCAGCAGACCUCCGGAGGACGCCCGCCUCACCGGCAUCACUCAGGGAGACGUGUUGGAUGGCUUAUGUGCCCUGACACCUCCUGCCACCGCCCUGCAGAGUCUGCCGGAGCCCAUUGACUAGGCCCAGAGCCUGACAGCCAUGCCCUGCACUAGCCAGGAGGGGCGCCCUGUCCCCAGCAUGAGAGGCAGCCACUGCCAGGAAGAUGCAGAGUACUGCUGGGGACAUGAAGAGAAGACAUUGCAGGACGUUAGUCUGUUUUUAACAUUUUGCUUUAUUUUAAUAAUACUGCUGAAAAUUUACUGUCUCUCUCUCCUUUUUGUAACUGCUAAAAUAUUUCUUUUUCGGUGUACUUCCCCUUGUCUGUGUUGCCACCAAGACCGGCUGGCUGUGUGAUACCCAUUGCUCAGGUUAGCAGUGCCCUGCUGUGCUGGCCUUCCUCCCAGCUCUUGAUCUACAGCUGGGGAAGGCCUGGAAGGCCGGAGGGGCAAGCUGAGCAGUCAUGCUGUGUGUCUGACGGUGGAUGGGAAGAAAGGCCUCACAGGGAAGCAGCAGUCACGGCAGCUGGGUGCUCACUGAGUGUGGUGUCUUGUUCAGUGGAAUAACAAGCGCUAGUCCUGGGUAAGUCCUACAAAGCCUGUUCCGUCCUCUCUCCCCGCCCAUUUAUCCUGGGCCACAGAGGGCCCCACCCCUUUGAGCAACAGGGUGGAAUCCCCGCCCCAACCUGGAAAGAUGCCAGGGGGCCAUGGUGCUGUCCCACUGUGUGCCAUAUGUGCCACCCCUCCACCUUGCAGACCCACACACUGGGCCUUCCUGUGGGGACAUGCAGCUCUUGAGGGCCACUCACCUCAGCAUGCACAGGGCCCUAAGCUAUGGGGCGAGGGGCAGGUGCUGGGACAUGUCCUUCCCCAGUCCCCUUGCAGGCAAUGCUGAGCCGGGAAGUAGGCCCCAGCGCAGGUUUUCGGUUUGUGAGCAGAAGUUAUGCACGUGGGCUUCAGUGGCUAGACGGAACACUGUAGCUCUUUCACAUUUUUUUAAGCCUGUUCACCAGGUAAACCGUUCUGGUUUAAUUUUCUCUUAGAAAGGAUGGAAACACUCAACAGGAUUCCAAGCGGAGCGUCGUCUCGCCAGGAGAUGGCCUCGUAAGUAAGCUGGGUGUUACUCACGGGAAUGUGCGCCCACCCUCCAGUAACCUGUAGCCCAGCCGAGCAGUGGCAUGGCCAGGGCUGGCUUGUCGGAGGGACGCUGCCGUUGUCGUCAUUCCCUGGAGAGAAACCACUCCCUCCCUUUGACCCCAUCUUUGCCGGCCUUUUAUGGGAGCAUUUGAUCCCCUCGAGACGUGAGGUCUUAGAUUCUGCACUGAGUCGAACAUACACUACAGAUGUACUCUGCCAGUUUGGGGGCCCCCCAGGGCAGGGGGCGGGGGCCACAUGGCACUGGGCCUCUGCCCGGCUUCCUGGCUGGGUGCUGCAGGGGACAGGCAGAUGGGCUGAGAGCCCAGGGUGAGAGCAGGGUGAAGAAGGCGAGGCCCAGCGAGACAAGACAGCUGCGCGCCAGGGAGGGACCGAGGCCGUUAGGAUGCCUCCUGGAGGACUGGGUAGACCGUGGACGUGGCAGAACAUGCGGGGCUUGGGGAGCUGGAGAGACGCAGGGAGGGGGAGCGUCAGCAGACGCAAGACCUCAAGAGGAGAAGGGGGUUGGGGUCAGAGGCUGAGGGGAAAGAGGCCGGGCGGGCUCGGGGCAGCUGGCCUGCCGGGAGGGCUCUGUCCCUCCCUGCUGCGAGUCUCCAGGAGGGAGACUGCCUAGCGUUGAGGGAAGCAGGAACAUUUUGGAAAUGUGCAGUGGGCGCUCACAGUAACGUCUGGAGAAGGACACAAAGCAGGAUCUCGGGGGUGUGAUGCUGUCAGCCCUCCCCUCACUUCUCCACUCGGGAUGCAGAGCCCUGGCAGAGGGAGUCCCCUUGGCUGAGCUGGAGUCCUGAGCCCUCCACUGCGGCUUGAGGUCCAGGAUCCUUCGGUCAGCAGCCGUCCAGAGUCCCAUAAGGAUGGGUGGUGUGCCAGGUAGACGGAAGGCAGAUGACCAAAAAUGUGAGUCCUACGACCUUGUCUAAAUAUGAUCAGAGUCGGUGAACUCAAAAGGCUUCCAUAGCCUUGGCAACUCAUGACAAGAGCCUAGGGUGAUUACUGAUGCCAUAAACGAGAGUGUCAAUUUGUUAAGUCAACAACAGGAGUCACUGUGCACUUACUCCUCAUGUAGGAUCUCUGUCCUUAGUGUGCUAUACAUUGAGAUUUAAUGCUAUAACUAGUACUCAAACAGUAUUUUUCAUUUUGUGUUUCUAUGUGGGUGCAAACUGUUGAAAUCUUUACUUAAAAUAUGCUAAACUGAUCUGUAUAUAAAGAGAAUUGAAAAUGAAUCUUGAUGUGAAUGGAAGGGGAGAGGGAGCAGGAAAGGGGAAGGUUGCGGGUGGGAGGGACGUUAUGGGGGAGGGAGCCAUUGUAAUCC